AUGAACACCGAUUCGGAGGAGCUGAAAAAGCCUAGAGUCUCUGUCAUUGAAGAUGUUGAGAAGCAUGGUCCUGUGCCUCACAUUGAAGAGGACCUCGACUCACAGGCCGAAUUACCUGACGCAGUGGACGAAGCGACGAUAGUCCACAAGAUAGAUAAGCAUGUCAUUCCGGUCUUGUGCUUAUUGUAUCUUCUGGCAUUUCUCGACCGUGUGAAUAUAUCAAAUGCCGCCGUCUUUGGUCUCACCGAAGAUCUGCAUCUCGUUGGCGAUCAGUAUAAUAACGCUCUAGUAGUAUUCUUUGUGCCCUACGUCCUUUUUGAAAUACCCUCGAAUGCGUUGCUCAAAUACUUUAGACCGCAUAUCUGGCUGUCAGUUUGCAUGUUCUUUUUUGGUCUUGUCUCUAUAUGUCAAGGAUUGGUCCGCAACUAUAGCGGCUUAGUAGCCUGUCGCUUCUUCUUAGGUCUCGCCGAAAGUGGAGUUUUCCCUGCGUGUUUCUACUUGAUCGCAAUGUGGUACAAACGCGCAGAGGCACAAAAGCGAUAUACAUUUUUCUUCUGUUCUGUCACAUUGGCAGGUGCAUUUGGCGGCCUCCUUGCCAGUGCGAUUGGGAAGAUGGACGGAAUGCGGGGUUAUCGCGGUUGGCGAUGGAUUUUCAUUCUAGAGGGCGUGGCUACCUGUGUUAUCUCCCUUCUCUUGUCCUUCGCCAUCUCUGAUUUUCCAGAGGAGGCAACAUGGUUGACGGCCGCUGAGAAGAAGUUCGUAAAGGACCGUCUGAAAGCUGAUGUGGGAGAGUCCAGGAGGCACGACCCAUUGACUAUCCGCGGGAUCCUCAGUGUCUUCAAGGAUUAUAAAAUCAUUGUGGGAGGAUUCAUGUACUUCGGCAUCAUUGUGCCAGCCUACGGUUAUGCAUAUUUCGCUCCCUCUAUCAUUGCGACGCUCGGACAUGGCGCGAUUCGCACACAGCUGCUCUCCGUUCCUCCAUGGGCGUGUAGCUUCGUCCUCGCCAUGACUGUCGCCGUUGCGUCCGACCACUUUCGUCAUCGCUUCCUCUUCGUUCUUAUUCCUACCGCAAUCGGCCUUGCGGGAUUUAUCAUUCUACUAGUAGUACACGACAAUACGCACCUCCAGUACGCGGCACUGUUCCUGGCAAGCACAGGCACGUACUCUGCCAUGCCAAUGAUGAUAUGCUGGUUUAAUACCAAUCUUGCCGGUCAUCGCAGACGUGCAGUGGGCACAGCCUGGCAAAUUGGCUUUGGGAACAUUGGUGGAAUCAUCGCCGUGUAUGCCUUCCUUGCAAAGGAUGCCCCCGACUACAUCUCCGGUUACACACUAUGUGUCGUGUUCAUUUGCCUGUCCGCUCUUGCAGAUGUCAUCUAUUUCCUUGGUGUUCUUUUAGAGAAUCAGCGACGAGAUCGAGCCCUUGUGAAGGGCACCGUGAUGCUCACGGACAACGAAAAGGCAGAAAUGGGUGAUUUGAACCCAGACUACAGGAUACGAUGA